CUACACGUGUCCGGACACCCAUCCGCGUUGCUACUCUUUCUCUCUCUGUAUAUAUAAACCCCAACCCAUCGACACAGUUUACUUUCAAAUCCAAAGAACUUUCUAAAAUCAACUGGAAACCCAAUUCAAAGACCAUCGAUUCAAUCUGCUAUCCAAACCCUAAUUUGUUUCCCAUCCUUCUUUUGAUAUCGGAACAAUCACCCGCUCAAGUUUUGCAUCGACUAGGAGUUGUUGAAUCUUCCAUGGGAUUUGAUUCGCUGCUGCCGGCGCCGGUAAGCACUGAUAGCGCCGGUCCCGGCGUUAAUUGUCCGAACCCAUUGGUGGAUGAUGCGAGUAAGAAGAUUCGGAAGCCGUAUACUAUUACCAAGUCUAGACAGAACUGGACUGACAUUGAACACGAUAAGUUUCUCGAAGCGCUUCAUCUAUUCGAUCGAGACUGGAAAAAAAUCGAAGCUUUUGUUGGAUCCAAGACUGCUAUUCAGAUACGCAGCCAUGCCCAGAAGUAUUUUCUGAAGGUCCAGAAGAGUGGGGCAAAUGAACAUGUCCCACCCCCUCGCCCAAAGAGGAAAGCAGCUCAUCCCUACCCUCACAAAGCCCCUAAAAAUGGAGGAAUUUCACAAUCUGCUAGUGAAGACAUCGUAUUGAGAGAGUCAUAUUUGUGGCCUACAAAUGGCGGUUUGUCUACCUGGACAUAUAAUGAUGUGGCAACACAAGAUGAUGUGAGAUCAUCGCAUAACUGUAGCAGUAGCAGUACUGGUGAAACAAACAACCGACAAGACUUAAAGCAGAAAACUACAGGAAGAGUGAUGCCUGAUUUCCCAAAAGUCUAUAGAUUCAUUGGGAGGAUGUUUGACCCUAACGAAAGCAAUCACUUGCAAAACUUGAAGAUGAUGGAUCCAGUGGAUGUCGAGACAGUGGUUUUGUUGAUGAAAAAUCUGUGUGCUAAUUUGAAAAGCCCACAAUUCGAGGACUAUAAGAGGGUAUUUUCGUCAUAUGAUGAAGGAACUGGAAAAGUGGCAUCAAGCGGUCCAUUUCAAGUGCUGUCUGGGAGUGCAAUACGGUCUUCAUAGAUGUCUAAUAUUCCUGCUGCUUUUUUUUUUUUUUUUUUUCUGAAAAUCUCAGGUAGAGCAUGUCGUAUACAUAAACUCCAAUUUCCAGUUAGAGGCACAUGUUUUUUUGUGAUGUUUUGCAGGCAUGUGUAAAGUGUAAAGUGUAAACUGUAAUAUAUUAUAUGUUUCUGUUGUUGACUUUACAUUUUACAAGAACAAAGUGCGUUUUAGAGGGCUGCUUUUGCUUUGUAUAUAGGAUAUAGAUAGAGUGUGUUUGUUGAAAUGUUGAGUCUUGGAGAUUAAUUAUCAUAUGUUUUAUGUUGUAUAUGGUGGCAUGUGUAACAGAAUGUUGCAAGAUGUUGUGUUUGUUUAUUUGGAAUAAGAUGUAUAUCUUGGUAUGAACAA